AUGCCACACGGCAGCCACCUAACUCGGCCUUUCCUUGUGCCUCCACGGCCCCUGACGGCAUACGAGCGCGGGCGGGAUCUGUGUACCUUUGUGUCGACAGCAGCAUCUCAUGUAAUGCGCACUCUGCAGAGACCCUGCAGGAAUCGGCCUGGGAAGAGGAAAGUGAACCAUCGGCGAUUCCUACAGAACCAAAUAUGCAGGAGUUUCUCAGAUAUUGAGGCUGCGACUCGCCGCUUGGCAUCUUCCAUCCUUUCCCAGGAGGCUCUGACACCCCCUAUAGUAACCCAGCACAUGAGUCCUCCAAAGCCUCAGAACCCACCCCCAGCCAUGGCCCCUUCUGGCUCCUUUCUGGGCACAGCCAAAGCAUUUGUGGCUCCCAACCCAAGCUCCAGCUGGGGCCCCUCUCUUGAUUCCCUGAUGUCAGAACCUGAUGAACUUUUUGAACCCAUCUCUGAGGAGGCAGAAUCAACCAGCAACAUCUGGUCCUUAUGUGGCCCAGACUCCCUAGGGUCAUGCUUGCUGGGAUGUAAAGCACAACCCAUCUUGCCAUGCCAUGUAGGCUCUGCAGCCUGUGGAAGCUGGGUGGGCUCCAAUAUGUACCCCCCAGUUGCAGAUGAAUGUCCUGUCUCUGCUUAUAACAAUCCAGGGGCUCUGGUAGUUUCUGACCAUGAGAGCUGUGUGCCCUUCUGGGAGGUGGAAAUGUGGUGA